AUGUCUUCGAAUGAAGACAAUGACCGGAAGCCGCCUGGUCGACGCAAGAAAUACAAGAACCCAUACCAGACGAAGAUCCCCUUUUCGCAUCAUGUUUCCCAUAACGAUGAUGAGUUCAAGCCCCGUCCUUUCGCUCGUAUGAGUACCAGUGGCAAGGCUCCUUCGAAGUUUGUCUCGGCCGCUACCCUUCUUGCGAACUCUGAUGAUUCCGAAUGUCGCAAACCAAGCUUCAAGAAGGCCUCGAAGGCCUCCAAGGCUCCUCUUUAUGCUCAUUCUGAUGGAAAGAAGAAAGGCUUCGAUCCAUACCAUCCGACUCUUCCUGGAAAAGAUGGUUACGUGCUCCCUGAUCCACGUGCCGAGUACCAAGAAAGCUUCAUGAAGAAGCGUCGUUCCACUUUGAAGUCCAUCCGUCCCGAAUCAAAGAUGCUUGACCCUGGAUCUUGUUACUAUCAUGCCCCGGUCAUCGAAGCGGCAGAAAAUCCGCCUUACCAAGCUCCUUCCAUUCCUGGAUCCGAGCAAGACAGCCAGCCAACACCUCCUCCUCCAUUCGACGUGGUGACUGACAAUCUGCCCCCUCCCAUUGGUUUAGAUCCUCCAAGUGUGGACGAAGCAGCUGCCAAGGCAAUCCUUGCAUCUGAGGAGGCAUCCGAAGAUGAAUUUCCUAUUGAUGACUUCAUCCGCUUGGCUGAUAGCAUGUUGACACUCAGCGAACGGUGCACCCAAAUCAUCAAGCUGUUGUACAAGCGUGAUGUCAAGCUCUUGCUGGUUGUGCAGCGAUACUAUUUCGGUGUCAACCAACCACUCAAGGAACGCGGACAGCAGCUUGACUGGAUCUUUGAAGACCAUAUGCUUGGUCAACCACUCUAUUGGCUUGCACAGUCUGGAUAUCCCUUCCCACGAGCUGGUGACGACUUCGCAAUGUGUGGAUUCUACAUCCAUUUUGAUCGAUUCAUCAAUCAGUUGCACAUGAUCCACUAUGCCAUCACCUUGGAAUACUCUUGGUUCAUGUUGGUAGGAGCCGGUUUUGGUUGGGACCUCAACGAAUAUGCCAAGCGAUAUGAGCACUUCAAGAAUGGACAUCCUUUUGAUGGUUGGAUGACCAAACGAAUGGGCAAACCUGACAUUUACCGCAUUGGCAAGCCUGACAUCAACAUCCAGUAUCUCCAUGACGCUGGAGGCAGUGACCGGCAGCCAAGCCAGUUGCCCCUUGGGAAAGCUUACGUUCCAUUGACAAUCAAGACUGGAGAUACCACCAUGGACUUCGGCACAGGUGGGUCCACUCCAAAGGUUGAUAAGCCCAAGAAACGAGCUCCACCCGACACCACGGAAAGCGGAAGCACUUAUGACACCCCACUUGUGAUUACUGAUUCGGCUGAAUUGCCGGUGUCCUCCCCUGCUCCUGCUGCUGCUGCUCGUCCUGCAGCAUAUGGCUUCGAUUAUGGAACCCCAGUUGAUCUCUGUUCUGAUGACGAUGACCGCAAGCCAGCUGCAAAGAAGAAUGGACCAGCCACAAAGAAUGGACCAGCUGCUUCUGAUGGUUCCCCAUCUUCCCUUUCAAGUAUGAGUGCACGUGACAGUCCUCCUACUCGAGAACUCAAAUCGAAGGCACACUGUAGCCAACCUUCACAACUACAAGAGUCCCACGACAAUGAAGAUGGUGUUGAAGAUGAUAACAGUGAUGACGACGGAGACAAUGAUGAAGAAGACGAGGAGGAAGAAGACGAGGAGGAAGAAGACGACGAGGAAGAAGACGACGAGGAAGAAGAGGAGGACAAAGAGGAAGAAGAAGCCGAUGAUGAAGACGGUGGUGCUAGCAGUGCUGGCACUUCGGUGACAUCUUUGACUUAUUGA